GAAAAGAGGAAUAAAAGAGGAAAAAGUUUUUCUCUCUAAGGCUGAAAUUUGGGAUGUGGCUGUUCCCGGCCAGACCCGGAGCGUUCCCAGGACCCUGAUCCGGACCCGCUCGAGGGGAGGGUUUCCCAUGGAGCAGGAAGGGACCCUCGCGGCCUCUCCCGGCAGGGAAGGGACCCCCCAGCUCCCGGAGGAGGAAACAAUUCCAGCUGGGGAAGGGACCCCCCAGCUCCUGGGAGAGGAAACAAUUCCAGCCGGCAAAGGGACCCCCCAGCUCCCGGAGGAGGAAACAAUUCCAGCCGGAGAAGGGCCCCCCCAGCUCCCGGAGGAGGAAACAAUUCCAGCCGGAGAAGGGACCCCCGCCGUGGGCCGGGAGAGCCCGGCACCAACCCAUGGAGAUUCCAGGGAUGAGGAGCCGGGAGAUGCCUCCAGAGCCCCCUCCUGCCAGGAGGAGCCUCGGGGGGACCCUCGGGGGGAGCCGGAGGGCGGGGGGUCCUCCCCCAGCCCGGCUGAGCCCCCCCGGGCCCCGCGCGGGGCAGAGUUUUACUGCGUCAAGUGGAUCCGCUGGAAGGGGGAGCGAACACCCGUCAUCACCCAGAGCGAGAACGGGCCCUGCCCGCUCCUGGCCAUCAUCAACGUCCUCCUGCUCCGCUGGAAGGUGAAGCUGCCCCCGCAGAAGGAGGUGAUCACGGACGAGGAGCUGAUGGCACAUCUGGGGGAUUGUAUCCUGGCCACCCAACCCCGGGAGACAUCGGAGGGACUCCAGCUCAACUUCCAGCAGAACAUCAGUGACACCAUGACCGUCCUCCCGAAGCUCUCCACGGGGCUGGACGUCAACGUGAGGUUCACGGGGGUCUCGGAUUUCGAGUACACCCCCGAGUGCAUCGUCUUCGACCUCCUCAACAUCCCCCUCUACCACGGCUGGCUGGUGGACCCCCAGAGCCCGGAGAUGGUCCAGGCCGUGGGCAAGCUCAGCUACAACCAACUGGUGGAGAAAAUCAUCACCUGCAAACAGGCCACCGACUCCAGCCUGGUGAGCGAAGGGCUGGUGGCCGAGCAGUUCCUGGAGGCCACGGCGUCGCAGCUCAGCUACCACGGGCUGUGCGAGCUGACGGCCGCGGCUCCCGAGGGCGAGCUGGGCGUCUUCUUCCGCAACAACCACUUCAGCACCAUGACCAAGCACAAGGUGGGCCCCUGGACAACCCCCUGU